GCUCGCCGCCGAGUGACGCAGCGGAAGAGGCGGGGCCUGAGCAGCGGAGCAGGAAGAGGUCCCGCCUGUCCCGGUCCCGCGGCACAGGAGCCCCUCAGCCAUGGGCGAGCGCAAAGGCACCAACAAGUACUACCCCCCCGACUUCGACCCGGCCAAGCAUGGCUCCCUCAACAAGUACCACCACAGCCACCCGCUGCGGGAGAGGGCCCGCAAGCUGGCCCAGGGCAUCCUCGUCAUCAGGUUCGAGAUGCCGUAUAACAUCUGGUGCGACGGCUGCAAGAACCACAUCGGGAUGGGCGUCCGCUACAACGCGGAGAAGAAGAAAGUCGGCACCUACUACACGACACCGAUCUAUAGGUUUCGGAUGAAAUGUCACCUCUGCGUCAACUACAUCGAGAUGCAGACGGACCCGGCGGGCUGCGACUACGUCAUCGUCAGCGGGGCUCGGCGCAAAGAGGAACGCUGGGACAUGCGGGAUAACGAGCAGGUCCUGCCCACCGAGCGGGAGGAGAAGGAGAAGCUGGAGACGGACGCCAUGUUCCGGCUGGAGCACGGCGUGGCCGACCGGGCGACGCUGCAGCGAGCCGUCCCCACGCUGGCCAGUCUGCAGGAGGCCCAGAACGCCUGGAAGGACGAUUUUGCCCUCAACAGCCGCCUCCGGAGGCGUUUCAGGGAGGAGAAGAAGACUUUGCGGGAGGAAGAGGAGGAGGCGGCGGCGCUGCAGGCGAAGGCCGGGCUGAGCAUCCCUCUGGUGCGGGAGGCGGAGGAGGACCGGCGGCUGGCCGCGUUGCUCAAGUACCACAGCCCCGACUCCUACGAGGAGAAGCAGAGGAUGAAGCGGACGGAGAUCUCCAGCCGCUCCUGGUUCCCCCCAGCCGGCGGCGGCGGCAGAGCCGGCGAGGCGCUUCGGAAGCUGGGCCUGGGGGGGCGAGCGCUGCGGGGCCGGGGGGGCUCCCCCGCCACCCCCACCGGCCUGGGCAUCGUCCGGCGCCGCUCCGGAGAGGGACCCGAGGGACCGGCGGAGCCGGAGGGGCCGGAGCAGGGUGAAACCACCCCCCGCAGCCCCCCCACAGCCCCCAGCGAGCUGCAGGGGGGGGGUGACACCGGGACGGCCCCCCACGCUGACCCCCCGGCCCCCCUCGCCGCUUCCCUGGUCGCCGAUUAUUCGGACUCGAGCUCCGAGGCGGAGAGCGCCUGAGCCGCCUGUCGGGGCCCGACCCCCCCCCGGGCUGGUCCUGGGGGUCCCCGAGCCCCCCCCUCCCGUGUGUGUCCCCCCCCUAAUUUAUAAACACCCCCCCCGGCAUUAAAAGGCGUUGGCAGCCCCGGCACGGUCGU